UGUUCAUGAUUUAUUCAAAAAAAAAAGAUGUACCUGGCAGCUUACAGUCCCAUUAUAUAUCCUGUACCUGGACCUGAUAUGUGGCCAAGGACAGACAGUAUGGACAUUGAGGCUCCAGUUUUCAAAGAACACAAGGGAAGGGCACAGACUAAGAGGAGAAAGGGCCAAUAUGAGAAGCCAGCUCCCAAAGACACCUCAAGAAUGGCCUCAAUUACCUGCUCUAAUUGCAAAAAGGUUGGCCAUAGAUACACCAACUGUAAUGUUGCUUUGAAUCCAUCACUGGCAAUGAGAAAGAAUAGGCAUGAGCCAAGCAGCAGCUCCUAUGAACUUGAUGCAGCCACACCAGCAAGGAGGGCCUCUUCUGCUGCUGGUGCUACUACUACUGCACCAUCACCAGCAAGGAGGGCCUCUUCUGCUGCUGGUGCUGCUGCCACUGCACCAUCACCAGCAAGGAGGGCCUCUUCUGCUGCUGGUGCUGCUGCUACUACACCAUCACCAGCACAGAGGGCAUCUUCUUCUUCUGCUACAGCACCUGGACCAGCAAAGAAGAGGGCCUCUUCUGCUUCUACAACAACACCUGGACCACCAAAGAAGAGGGCAUCUUCUACUUCUGCAACAACACCUGGACCACCAAAGAAGAGGGCCACUUCUGCUGCACCAGCACAGAGGACAACUGCUGGUAGUUCAUCAUCUGAUGCAAAGGGUAAAACAGCAGUAACUAGAUCUUCAGCUGCUGCAAAGGGAGCAAGGGCAUCUUUCUUGCCUCCAAGGCCAACUGGUGUUUGCCAAAGAAUCAGGAAGCCCACCCAGAAAAUUAGAGAUUACUUGACUGCUUCAGGUGCUCCAUGGGAAUGA